GGGAACAACUCCAACUAUUGUAUGUGUUUACACGCUAGAUAGGGUAUGUUGCUAAUUCAUACUAAGCUACAACGCUGCGUAUCUGCAAGUAAGGCCUCUGAAAUCGAGUACCCAUGUCCGACGGGACUUUCCUUAGCUCAAUAGAUCUCUUGGCGCGGUAACUAUCUAUAGGCUCUCAUAAUCUUUAACUCAACCUCCUCAGGAUAUAAAGAGGUACGCCUCAACCAGUAGAUGUCUCGAACACGACCUUCUAGCCAGCCUCACCACUAGCUACUUUUCUACCACUUCACCUUGAAACUCCAUAACCCAAAAAGCAAAAUGCAUAGCUCCAAAUUCCUUCUCGCCGUAGCUGCUCUCGCGGGCGCGGCGCUAUCUCAAAAAUCGGACGAUGAAUUCUGCUCUGCCUUUUUCACUUCGUUUGUUUCCAUUAUUGAAGAGGAAGCUCCCAAGACACCCGAGGCCAUCCUGUCCUUUCUCUCCGCAACUCAAACAGCCACACCCACGACCACUGCUCCCCCUCUGACGACUCUUGACUUCGGUGCUCACGCAUCAGAGCUUUGUUCCAUUGCUGGCGUACUGCCUUCGUCUCUGUUGCCCGUAUUCCAGACCUAUGCCGAGUCACUUGUCGCCUUUGGUUACGCCCGCAGCAGCGAGCAUUUCGCUUAUGUCACAGAUUGUGCCCCGGAAGAGGACGUGGCGAGCAGUACCAGCUUCCUUAAAGAUUUUUUCACGGCUACGGGAAACUUCUGCGAGGAGACACCUGCUCCCGGAAACACACCCAGCGGUACUAACUCAGUACCCACGCCGACGGCUACAAGUUCCGCCUGCCGUGGCUCUCGGCCCCGCCGCAUUUGAAUGAGCGCAGUUUAUCAAUGGAAGACUUGAAUACUGUUAGCUUGCUGGUUCUCUCUGUUUUGGAAUAUUCUGGUUUAGACAGUGUAUUUUGAUGUUAAAUUUUUGUCUUAAAUAUAUCUGCUUGUCGCAAAGACUGCGUUUCAACAUUUCUUACGGAGGUGUGGAUUAAUAUUGAAGUGAAGCAGCGCGGCC